AUAAAUUAAGUAAUCAAAAUGUAUAAUUGCUGAUUUGAAAUUAGAUAAUUAUUUGAACUGUAUAUAAGUUCAUCAAUUGAAAGCAUAUCCAAAUAGUUAAGUGACCGCUAUAGGACCUCAUCUAGUAGCUAUGAAGCUACUUAUUCAAACUGUUCUCAUAUUUUUGUUGGCUGCUUGUUCUUUAGAAAUAGAUUUAAAGGUUCUGAGCAUGGAUAAAUGUUAUGGAAAUGAGAAAUAUUUGGUCAUUAAAAAAUGUGAGAUUCUGGAUGACAACUUGUUUGAGGUCAAAGCUUACCUUGUAUCUCAUGUUGACUCUAUUAUUUUCAAACCGCGUAUCUCAAAACUCGACAAAAACAAAAAGUUCCGUGAGAUAUUCAAAAAUGCUCCAGCAAUCGAUUGGUGUAAAAUUGCAGAUAAAAAUUCAAGACUUCCAUCAAAUCCACUGACAGCAAUCGCAGUCAUGCUCGUUAAGUCAAAAUUUCCAGAACUUCAAAAGCCAUGUCCAUGGGAUCCAUUCCCAAUUGAGCAUGGAAACUUAACGAUUGGAUAUAGAGUUCUUGCAAUAAUUCCCAAUGGAAUUUAUAAGGCAGUUCUUAUUGCUGAAAAUAAGGAAGGAGAAAAUUAUGCUGACGUGGCUUUUACUUUUGAAAUAUAUUAACUAAAUUGAUGAAUUUAAUAUCUUAAAGACAAUUUUAUGCUGACAAUCUUUUUAGUAAUG